ACGAGCCGCGGCUGCAGAACCCAGGAAGACCCUCUCUCGCGCUCGGUUCACGAAAGAAAAAAAUAAUAAUCGGCUCGCGCGACUAACGUUACGGCUCGAGCGCCGAGUGCCCCCCCCCUCGGCUACAGGCGCUGAAUGGAAGGGGGGGGGGGGAGGCCGACAUUAGCAAGUCGGCUAGCGCGCUAGCGGGCACUAGCUAACUGGCUAAUUUGCCUGAUUGUAAUUUGGUGAUGAAAACACUCGCGCGGUUGGAGUAAACGCGUCGCGGUUCUUUACCUGUCGACGGCGCGCGGUCGCCUCGGAACUUUUAAACCACAGCGCCGUCCUCCGCGGGUCCUCCGAGGGCAGAAAGUUUAGUUUCGCCGGCAUUCACCUGCUCCCCGAUACGUAUGUUGUUGACAGUGGACCCCGCACACGACGCCUCGCAACACUGCGCGAUGAUGGCGGGAAUGUGAAAAUUGACAACGGAAGUGAUCGCCGAGAGCGCGUCCCACUCUCGCGAGAUCUCCGGGACAGUUUGUAUUUUAGGUCGGUUUGCCCCUCCAUUGCAAACAAAAAAAACAAAAAGAAAACUGCCCGCUGGAUAGUGUUAUUGGCUCGAUAGCCUUCCGUUAUCGAAACGGAACAUAUUUAACGUGUUAUUCUGAUAUCGCUGUGGCGUUAUGUUGUUUGUGACGUUCGUGCUCGCGCGCAACUCCCUCAUUCCGUUUGACGAGACGUUUGGCGUUAACGCUAACCUUAGCAGCUAGCUCGCUAGCUAGCUCGGGCUAGCUUGCCGUGUGUUCGUUCCCCGGAGUUUUGUUUCAUUGCAGCCGCGCUAGCUCGCUGCUCCACGACACUUCCAAGCUCACACGGCGGUUUAAACGACACCUCGGGACCGUAAAGAGAGUCAGAGGAUGCUGGCGACGGGAGCAGCUGUAACUAACGUCACAGCUCUGGCCCAGGUAGACCGGGAGAAGAUCUACCAAUGGAUCAAUGAAUUGUCCAGUCCGGAGACCAGAGAAAAUGCCUUGCUGGAGCUGAGCAAGAAACGCGAGUCUGUGCCAGACCUGGCGCCGAUGCUCUGGCACUCCUGUGGCACCAUUGCUGCCCUGUUGCAGGAAAUCGUGAACAUCUAUCCAUCUAUAAACCCACCUACGCUUACAGCUCACCAGUCUAACAGAGUGUGCAAUGCCCUGGCACUGCUGCAGUGCGUUGCCUCACACCCAGAGACACGGUCGGCCUUUCUUGCUGCUCACAUCCCUCUUUUCCUUUACCCCUUUCUGCACACUGUGAGCAAAACGCGUCCGUUUGAGUACCUUCGACUUACCAGCCUCGGAGUUAUAGGUGCUCUGGUCAAAACGGACGAACAAGAAGUGAUUAACUUCCUCCUCACCACUGAAAUCAUCCCGCUAUGUCUCCGCAUCAUGGAAUCAGGGAGUGAGCUCUCCAAGACGGUUGCUACUUUCAUACUGCAGAAGAUCUUGUUGGAUGACACAGGUCUGGCCUAUAUAUGUCAGACGUAUGAACGCUUCUCCCACGUGGCCAUGAUCCUUGGCAAAAUGGUGCUCCAGCUCUCUAAAGAACCGUCAGCUCGCCUGUUGAAGCAUGUUGUCCGCUGCUACCUUCGCCUCUCAGACAAUCUCAGGGCCAGAGAAGCCCUGCGUCAGUGUCUGCCAGACCAGCUGAAAGACAGCACCUUUGCCCAGGUGCUGAAGGACGACACCACCACCAAGCGCUGGCUGGCACAGCUGGUGAAGAACCUCCAGGAGGGCCAAGUCACCGACGCCAGAGGCAUCCCACUGGCGCCGCCGCAGUGAUGAGGAGGAGGAGGAGGGAGUGUGUGUGUUUACAGCUGACACAGAAGGACUCUCAAAACCGUCUAGAUUUUGUAUUUUGCCCAAAUGUGGCAGUAAGACAAAGGGAAGGACACAAUGGAGUCGGAUUUGCUUUUGGAUUACACCUGUUGUUGUUUUUUUCUGCCAGUAUGUCACUUCUUCACAGCUGGAAUCAGUUUUUUUUUAAGAGCCAGACUCAUCGUAGAUAACUGAUUAUAUUGGAGGAAUUAAAAACCAAUAAUGAUACAUUGGCUGGUAUUUGUUUAUGGCGUUGAUGCUGCAACAUGAAAGAAAUGUCCCCGAGUCUUGAUAUUUUACCGUUUUAAUGAAAGACUUCAUCAACAAUAAAGUAAUAACUGAGUUACGGGAGAAACGUACGUUCAACUUGGGGGGGGGGGGGGGGGGGUUGUUAACUACAGCUACACCUCUCACCUGUUCCCGUUCAUCGCUGACUUUCUGUAACAUUCCUCUUCACAGUAGGAACUGUUUUUGUUGUUUUUUUCUUUUUGCUUCUCGCAUUUCCAAUAAGACUUUUUAAUCUUCUGA